AUGUUUUCUCUUUCAAAUGAACUUGUUUGCCAAACAUAUUGUGAGUCUAGACAAGAAAACAAAACAAUUUGUUGCGAAGGAUGGCAAGGUCUCGCUUGUGAUCAACCAGACAAUUCUAUUGGUCAACAAUCAUUGGCAAUUUGUCAUUUAUGGGGUCGAGAUCAUAUUCGAACAUUUGAUGGAACAUAUUAUCAAUUUCCGGGCAGUUGUACAUAUAAAUUAACUGGUUCAAUAUCAUGGCAAAUUAAUAUUCAAUUUAUAAAUUGUACAACAACAAAAAAUUCUUGUCAAAAAAAAUUAACAAUUGUUAUUGCUGGUAAAAUAUUAGAAAUAACAGAUACAAAUUUAACUAAUCUUACAUCAUAUCCAUCAAAUUUAAUAAUUCAACAACAAGAAAAAAAUCUUCUUGAUUUAUAUUUUACAAAUGGUAUUCGAUUAAAAAUUUAUAAUCAAGAACAAGAACAAUCAACAAUAAUUAUUGAAUUAGAUGAAAAUUUUAUGAAUGAUCAAAUUUUAACAGGUCUUUGUGGAGAUUAUAAUAAUAAUAAAGAUGAUGAUUUGAAAUUAUCAACAACUGGUCUCAUUACAACAAUGCCAGUAGAGUUUGGAAAUCAAUGGAAAUUAUAUCAAAGUUGUCCGGAUGUUCCACGAGUCGUAAACAAUUGUUUAAUAACUUCAGAAGCUAUUGAUGAAUGUAUUUCAUUAACUAAUCAAUCGGAAAUAUUUCAAUCGUGUUUUAAAAAAAUCGAUCCACAAUAUUUCUAUGAAACAUGUUUAAAUGAUGUAUGUUCAGCAAUGCUCAAGGAGACAUCUUUAGAAACCGUACGAUGUCCAGUAUUGGAAGCAUUUAUUGAAGAAUGUCGAGAAUAUAAUAUUCAAAUUCAAUGGCGAUCUGAAACUGGAUGUUCAAAACAAUGUUCAUCACAAAAUACAAUUUUUGUUGAUUGUGCUUCACCAUGUCGUCGAACAUGUCAAAAUCCAUCAUCAACAAUUACACAAUGUCAUACACAAACUAAUGAAUGUACUUCCGGAUGUGUAUGUACAAAUGAAACUGUAUAUGAUAGUUUUCAAGAUGAAUGUGUUUCACUUGAACAAUGUACAUGUCAAUAUAAUAAUAUGCAAUAUCAAUCUGGAGAUCAAGUAUCAAUUGAUUGUAAUAAUUGUAAAUGUGAUCAUGGUCGAUGGUUAUGUACAAAUCGAACAUGUUCGAGAACGUGUCUUGUACUUGGAAAUAUGAAUAUAUUGACAUUUGAUGGUAAACAGUAUGCACUUAUGAGCAAAUGUGAUCAAGUUCUUGUCGAAACUAAUGAUCAAUCCAAUUAUUUACGUAUUACUUAUACAAAUGAAGGAAAUGAAUUAAAUAUUCAAAUACUUGAUAGUAAAGUAGUAUUUCGUCAAGAUAGUGUACUUGUCAAUGGUAAAGUUCGUCAUACUUUACCAUAUCAAACUGAUGAUGUUAUUAUUCGACGUGCAUCAACAGUAUUUAUUGAAGUUCGAAAUUUUCAAUCAACUGUUGUAUUACAUUUUGACCCAUUAACAUCACGUAUUUAUAUUAAAUUACAUCCAUCAUUUUUUAAUCGAGUUCGUGGUCUUUGUGGAACAUUUAAUUAUGUAGCAAAUGAUGAUUUUCUAACACCGAAUAAUGUCAUUGAAACAAAUUUAGUUACAUUUGCAAAUGCUUAUCUUGCUUCAUCAUGUUCCAUACCUGAUCAACAAAUUGAUACUUGUUUUAAUUUUCCAGCUAAUGAACAUAGUGCAAGAAUUGAAUGUACAAAUCUAUUAAAAAAUUCAAUAUUCUCAACUUGUUCACCAUUAAUUAUUGAUCCAACAUUUUUUCUUACAUCUUGUAUACGAGAUUUAUGUGAAGAUCAAUCAACUACUCAUCGUGAUCAAGUUAAAUGUUCAGUUAUAACAGCAUUAGCUCAUGCAUGUGCUUUAAAAGGUAUUAUUAUCGAUUGGAUGAGUAAUGAAACAUUAGCUAAUACAUGUCAAACAAUCAAUUAUGGUCAAUGUGGUUUAACAAGUCGAGCAGAUUAUACAGAAUGUGUAUCAGAAUGUCAAUCAUCUUGUACUGAUAUUGAUCUAAUGCCAUCAUCUUGUGUAAAUCAAUGUUUACCAGGUUGUACAUGUGAAUUAGAUCAAUUUUAUGAUGAACAUUCGCAUGUUUGUCAAUUUCAAGAUGAAUGUCCUUGCUAUGAAUCUCAAUCUGAACAAUAUAUUCAUCCAUUACAUUCUCUUCUUAUUCAAACUCCAAUUGUAUCAAAUUGUUCAUGUUCACAUGGUUCAUUACAAUGUAAUUCAUUUGAUCAAAAUCAAUGUAGUUCAACACAAGUUUAUUCAUUAAAUGCAACAUUAUGUCCUCGAACAUGUAUGAAUUAUUUAUCUCAUUAUGAUUGUGGUUUAUAUGGUCCUGGUUGUGUAUGUCCACCAGGAAAAAUUCUUCUUGAUUUAACAUCACAUGAACAAAAAUGUAUUUCAAUUGAACAAUGUCCAUGUCAAUAUAAUCGUCAAUAUUAUACUGAAAAUGAAACAAUUAUACAAAAUGAUCAUGGUUGUCAAAAUUGUACAUGUCAAAAAGGUGGUUUAUGGUCAUGUCAAAAAAUUUUAUGUACGAAAACAUGUACUACAUUUGGUCAUUCACAUUAUCAAACAUUUGAUGGUCUUUAUUAUAAUUUUCCUGGUCUAUGUCAAUAUAUAUUAGUUAAAGAUUUAAAUAAUUUAUUUCGUAUUCUAACACAAAAUAUUCCAUGUGGUAUGAAUGGACAAAUAUGUUCAAAAAAUCUUCUUAUUGAAUAUAAUGGAGUUACUAUUGAUCUUAUACGUGAUCGUCCAAUACUUUUCAAUAAUAUUGAAUUAUCAAAUUAUCAAAUUCAACCAAUUAAAUUUGGUAAUAUAUAUAUUUAUCAAUCAGGUAUAUAUACAAUUAUUAAAACAGAUGAUUUUCUUAUUAAAUGGGAUGGUCAAACAUAUAUUGAUAUUACUGUUCAAUCAAAUAAAGAAAUGUCUGGUUUAUGUGGAAGUAAUAAUGAUAAUUUUGAUGAUGAUUUUAAAAGUGCAGAUGGUGCAUCACAAGUAAAUGUAUUUGAUAUGGCACAAUCAUGGCAAACAUCAAUACAAUGUACAUCAGAAAAAAAUCAAUCGACAAAUAAUGAUCCAUGUGGUGAUAGCCCUGCUCAUGCACAAAGACGUACAUGGGCACAAAAUCAAUGUGAUUUAAUCAAAGUAAAAACAAGUAUAUUCAAUAAUCCAUUUGAGAUUUGUAUUGAAAAAAUGGAAACGCAUUUAAUUGAAAAAUAUUAUCAAGCAUGCCUUUAUGAUGCUUGCCAUGCUGAUCAUGGUGGCGAUUGCGCAUCUGUUUGUACUGUUCUCAGUGCAUAUGCUACUGAAUGUCAAUCAAUUAUAAAAACACCAAUAAUUAAAUGGCGUACAUGCGAUCGAUGUCCAAUGCAAUGUGAUUCUGGCAAAGUUUAUAUGCCAUGUGGUCCACUUUGUCCACAAACAUGUUUUGAAGGCGAUGAUUAUGGUGGUUGUAUAGCUGAUUCAGGUUGUGCCGAUGGAUGUUUUUGUCAAAAUGGUCAAGUUAUGGAUAAUAAUGGUCAAUGUAUUGAACCUCAUCGUUGUCCAUGUUUAUAUAAUAAUAAUAUUUAUCCACAAAAUAGUCGAAUAAUAAUGAAAAAAAAUAAUACAUGUUAUCAUGAAUGUGAAUGUUUAAAUGGUUCAUUUAGAUGUGAUAGUAUUGAAAGUUUAACAUGUCUGACAACAAAUUGUACAAGUAAUGAAUUUACAUGUAAAUCUAAUGGACAAUGUAUACCAUUAAAUUGGAAAUGUGAUCAAAUAAAAGAUUGUUCAGAUGGUAGUGAUGAAUUAGAAGCUAAAUGUCAAUAUCAAUGUUUGGAUAAAAUAAAUACAUAUCAAUGUUCUAAUGGACAAUGUAUUGAUAUAACACAUCGAUGUGAUGGUUUACCUGAUUGUCGAGAUGGAAGUGAUGAAGUUAAUUGUUCUUAUGUAAUACCAUGUAAAGAAUACGAAUGUCCAAGAAGUAAAUUAUGUAUACCAAAAUCAUGGAUUUGUGAUGGAACAGUUGAUUGUGGUCAUGAAGAUGAUUCCGAUGAAAGUGGUGAUUGUAAACUUAAGCAAUGUGAUAUAUUAAGUGGACGUUAUUUUCAAUGUCGUGAUAAUUUCAAUUGUUUACCUAUUGAACAACGAUGUGAUGCACAUAAAGAUUGUAAUGAUGGAUCAGAUGAAUUAGGUUGUUCAUUAUGCACAUGUACAUCAUUAUUUUCAUGUAUUCAUACAUGUCAAUGUAUUGAUUCAAAACGUGUAUGUGAUGGAAUAUCAGAUUGUAUUGAUGGAACAGAUGAAUAUAAUUGUACAGCAAAUUGUGCUAAAGAUGAAUAUACAUGUUUAGAUGGAAAAUGUUUAAAUAGAACUUUCUUAUGUGAUGGAAUACGACAUUGUUCGAAAGGUGAAGAUGAAACACAUCCAGAUUGUUUACCCUUAACAACAACAGCUGUUUCAACUCACAUUCCUAUUAUGGGUAUAAAAGUCACUACUACUACUCCAAUGCCUUUCACAACUGGUACCAUUACCACUCCUGUACCUUCUACAACAGGCAUCUUUGUUACUCCGCUUAUUCCGAGAAUAGACUCUAAGCAUAUUUCCACAACACCUGAGCCAACAUGUGAUAUUCAAUCAGCUCUUAUAGAUGAUCGAUAUAUUUCAAAACCAGAAUUUUCUACUCCUAUUAUUGGUUCUAUUUCGGAUUUAAAUCCUGGUAAAAAAGGUAUUGAAUUUUUGGUUAAUACUCCAUCAACUAUAGUUACUAUUAUACUUCCAUUAAAACCAAAUACAAAAAUAAAAAAACUUAUUAAAUUUCAAAUUCUUCGACCAAGUAAUAUUAAUCGAUUUCAAUUAAUAUUUCUUAAUAAACAAAGACAACCUAUUGGUCAAUAUAAAAUAUUAUCAACCGAUAGUAAACAAUCAUUAUUAUCACCAAUAAUUAAUAAAUUUCCAAUACAAGAAACUCUUUUACAACAAAUUCGAUUAUUCAAACUUGAAAUAUUAGAUACCAAUGAUAAUCGACCACCAAAAAAUGUUACUCUUCUAUUUCAAGCUUGUUUUAAACAAACAAAAAUACUUAAAAAAAAAAAAUGUACACAAAUCGAUGCAAUGAAUUCAUUUUAUACAAAGAGAGUUAUAGCAAAAUUAGGUGGUACUCGUCCAAUAAAUUCUACUUAUGGUCAUUUAUUACAAGGUUAUGGUGGAGUUACAUAUAAUACAUCACAAGCUAUUAUUGAUAUUCGUAUUCAUAAUAAUAUCUUAUCUCGUAUUAAUGAAAUAUCUAUUCCUGAUUAUUUAUUAAAUCGAACAAAUGUAAGAAAAAUAAUUGUUGAAUUAUUUGAUAAAUAUCAUAAACGAUUAUUUUGGGAAAAAACAACAACAAUGAAAGUUAUAUUAAAUUCAAAGAAAAGACUUCAUGUGAGAUUUAUACGUAUUUCAUUAUUGGAAACAAAUGAUGAUUAUGCACCAUUGAAUGUUACUUUAUCAAUUAAAGGUUGUUUUGAUCGAAAAUAUCCAACGAAAAAAAUUACAAAGGAACAUACACAAACAACGACAAUUACAACAAAAAGUACAUGUUAUCAUGUUAAUGCUCUUGAUCCUACAUAUGCUUAUAAAAUAAUUGGACAAUUUGAAGGAACUCAACCAUUAUCUGGUUUAUCAUUUGUUAAUUUUAUUACAUCAUCAAAAACAGGCGUUGAUUAUAAAACAAAAUCUCCUAUUAUUAUCAUACGAUUUCAAUCAAAUGUUGUUGGUCAAUUAGAUGAAAUUUCUCUUAUUGGUAGUCGAAAUAACAUAAAACAAUUUCAAGUUGAUCUAUUUGAUUUCAAUAAUAAUUUACUUUUUUCUAAACAAACAAUUUAUCCAGAAAAUGAUGAUUUGAAAAUAUUAUCAAUUCUAACUGAUAAUCGUCUGUUGGCUUCAACAGUACAAAUAACAAUUUUGAAUACAAUUGAUGAUCGUCCAGCUCGUGGUAUUAUUCUAUCGAUUGUGGGUUGUUUUUCAACAGCUCCAGGAAUUCCAACAACAACGAUAACAACAACAACAACAACAAUCGCACCACAGACUACAGAACUAAUAAUGAAACAACCACGUGAUUGUAAUAGAAUAGAACUGAUGACAAAUAAAAAUAUUAUCAUUGGUAUUACAUCACAAUCUCAAUUAAUUAAUGGAAAUUUAGGUGAAAUUGGACAAACUAAAUUUAAUGGUGUAACCUUUUCUAAUUUAACAUCAUCAAUUGAUAUUAUAUUUCGUUCAAAUAUUCUUAUUUAUCUUAAUUCAAUGUCAAUUAUUUCAACAACAACAAAUUUAAAACAAUUUCGUAUUGAAUUACUUAAUAAUGAAAAUGAUAUACAAUAUAAAAUUGAAUCAUCAUCAAUGACAGUUAAUUUAGAAUCAUUACCAUCAAUUGUAUUAGCUGGUAUUCGAUUAACAUUUCUUCAAACAAAUGAUAAUCAACCACCGAAAAAUAUUAUUCUAUCGAUUCAAGCAUGUGUUGAAGAAAUUUUAAUUACAACACCUGUAACAACUGCACCAACAUUAACAACAAGCAGAACAUUUCCACAAGCACCACCCAUGACACCAGACCAUUGUGCUGAUAUUGAUGCAAUGCAAGAACCUUACAGUAAAGAAACUCUUGCUGGUCUUAGUGGUACGAAUCCACAAGGUACUAAUUCUUCACUUUUGGAUCUUAUCUAUGGAAAAUCUAUAUCGUUCGAUGAAAAUGAACAGAAAAUUAUUUUAUUCGUCAUUUUCAAAUCAAAUCUAUUUGUUUAUUUAAAAUAUGUUGGACUUUUAUCAAUAUCUGAUACGAAUGUAAAACGAAUUAAAAUUGAAUAUCUUGAUAAAAAUCAAUUACUUAUACGAACAAUAUUUGUUGAUUAUUCAAAUGAACAAAAAAUAAUGGAACCUAUGCAAAAUGUUGGUUCAGUUAAAAUUACAAUUGAAGAAACAUAUGAUGGAAAAUCAGCAAAAAAUGUUCGUCUUUCAAUCAGAGGUUGUUUUGCUAUUCAACCUCGCUCAACAACAACAAUACAACCGACAAUAUCAACACCAACUGCAUGUCAUCAUUUAAACUUAAUGUCAAAUAAACCUGUAGCUACUAAAGCUAUUGCAUAUAUUGCUGGUACAAAUCCAAAAUCAUCAUCAAUAUUUGAUUAUUUUAAUUCAUCAACAUCAAUUUCUUAUUUAACAUCACAUCCAACAUUUAUUAUUGUAUUUAAAACAAAUAUUUAUGUUGAAUUAAAAUCAAUAUUAAUUACAAAUAAUGAAACAAAUGUUCGUGAAUAUCAAAUUGAUUUAAUUGAUAAUGAUCGAACAAUUUUACAAACAAUUAUUAUGGAUACACAGCAUCAACAAUCGAAUGUUAAUUUUUAUGUUCCAAUUGCUGCUUUACAAAUAACAUAUCUUACAACAACAGAUGGACAAACACCACGAAAUAUUAUUUUAAAUAUUGAUGGAUGUUUUGGAAUAAAUCUAUCUCCAACAACAACGGCAACCACUCCAGUAAUGACGACAACACAACAGCCACUACUAUUAGCAACGAGUCAUUGUCAUGAAAUCGAUAUGAUGAAUAAACUUGAUUCUACAAUUCUGGUCGAUUCAAUUACUGGUACAUUACCUAGAAAAACAAUUGAUAAAUUAAGUGAUUAUUUCAAUCCAACAUCAUUAAUUUCAUAUGAUACACAACAAUUACCUGUAACUUUUCUCAUAAUUUUAAAAUCGACUGUUUAUGCUGAAAUUCAAACAGUUUCUUUAAUAAGUUCAACAACAAAUGUUAAAAAAUUUCAAGUUGAUCUUAUUGAUGAUUAUAAAUCAAUUAUACAAACAAUUGAAUCCAAUAAUAAUUUAACUGUUGACGGUUUAACAGAAGUUGGUAUUGCUGCAAUACGAAUCACAUAUAUUGAAACAAAUGAUAAUCAACCACCAAACAAUAUUCGCCUAUCAAUUAAAGGUUGUUUUGGUAUCCUUCCAACACGUCGACGAAUAACACCAGCAAUCGAAUCAACCACAACAAAACCACCUCGAACAACACCAGCAACUGAAUUGAUCGGAACGAAACCACCUCGAACAACGCAAAGAAUAAAACGUAAAUGUACAAUUCUUGAUGCAAUGUCUAUUGAAAAUCGAAAAAAACUUAUUCGAUCAGUAAAUGGUAAAGAAAACUUGAAUAUAUUUUCAUCCGAUGGUUUAUCAUAUAAUUCAACUUAUGGUUCAAUUGAUAUUGCAUUUAAACAAGGUAUUAUUAGUAAUAUUGAUAAUAUAUCAAUUAUUGGUAAUAAACAUAAUAUUAAAAAUUAUCGAAUAAUAUUUUUUGAUAUUAAUGAUAAUAUAAUCGAUGAACAUUUAUUAAAAACAGAUGUAAAUGAACUAUUAUCUAUUGAUAAUGUUGCUACAAUACGAAUUAUAUUUCUCGAAACAACAGAUAAUAAAAAUAUUCAUGAUGUUCACUUAUCAAUUCGUGGAUGUUUCUUUAAAAUUCCAAAUUUUCAAACUACUAAAAUUACAACUAUGAAAACAACACAACCACCUGAGUAUUGUCAUUCAAUAGACAUAAUGGAUAAAUAUCAUGCUAAACGUUUACUGAAUCGUGUUGGUGGUACAUUAAAUAUACCAGACAUAUAUAAUUUAACACAAAAUAAUAAUAUUAAUCAAUCAUUAUAUUUUAUUAUUGAAUUUAAUAAAGAUAUUUUUAUUCGUCAUAUUCAAAAUAUAUCUAUUCUUACAGAUAAUCAUCGUAUUGAACAAAUUCGUAUUGAAUUACAAAAUAAAAAACGACAAUUAUUAAAACGUAUUGAUAUAUCAAUAUUUAAACAAACAUCAUAUACAAAUCUUUAUACACCAAAUUAUCCAAUAGAUGUUAAAUAUUUAAAAGUAACAAUAAUCAAAGGAAAACCAAAUAAAAAUAUUCGUUGGUCAAUUAUUGGUUGUUUUGAUAGAAUAAAAAAAGUUAGAAAAAUUAAAAAAAUUCCAAAAAUUACUUGGUGGAAAGUUUCAUGUAUUCAUUCGAAUAUAUUGGCUGGACGUGAUGGUUAUCAUCCACGAAAAUUCUUAACUCCAUAUAUUACUGGAACACCUUCACCAAUUGGUGGUAAUUUUCAAAAUUUAAUGACUAAUAAUAUUGGUAUUUCCUAUUCUGACAUACAAAAACCAAUAAUUAUUGAAAUUGAUUAUCCAUCGGGAAUUAUUGGUCGUUUAUAUGAAGUUGGUAUUCAAUCAAGUAAUGUUUAUCGAAUACGUGUACAACUUAUCGAAGUACCAAAUGGUAUAUUGUAUACUUUAACAUCACCACAAUAUAAUAGAACAGAUAAAAAAAAUACAAAUCCUCGUUUAACAGGAUUUCCACCUGUAUAUUCUUCAGGUAUUCGAAUUAUUCUAUUAGAUACAAUUGAUGGUCGUCCACCACGACAUGUAACAGCUUUUACAAAUGGAUGUUUUUAUAGAAGUUCAGUUAAAUAUACAACUAUACCAACCAUUGGAUCAACUAAGGAAACAACAAAACAACCAAAAACUACAACAGUCAAAACAAAAUGUCUUUAUUCUCAAUGGACACGUUGGGGACAUUGUUCAGUUAGUUGUGGUAAUGGAGUACAAAUACGUGCAAGAAAUCGACUUUCAGGUAUAGGAUGUAAUGGUAGUUUAAUGGGCUAUCGUAUGUGUCAAUUACAACCAUGUAUGUGUAUAUUAACAAAAGAAUUUUAUAUGGCUGCUACUGGUGAACAAGUACCGGCGAAUAAUAUUGUUGGUUAUUUAAAAGGUGGUAAAGAAGCCGUACAUAUUGGAGAUAUUUUAGAUACUGGUACGAUAGUUUAUACAUAUAAAUGUUUGCAAUUUAUUUGUUCUAAUGUUGGACUUGAUGUGAAAAAUUCAACAGAUUGUCAACGCAAAUGUGUUUAUCUUGAUUGGUCUCCUUGGAGUCCAUGUGAAGGUGAUUGUGGUAAUGAGUAUCAAAAAGGUAUUCAAUAUCGACAACGUUUACCUUUAAAUAUUCUUACUGGUUCACAUCUAUGUGAACCACAAAAAGAAAAUCGUUCAUGUCAAACAUCACCUUGUUUUGGUUCAUGUAUUCUUUCAUCAUGGUCAGAAUGGAGUCCAUGUUCAAAAACAUGUGAUCUUGGAAUUCAAAAACGUUCGAGAUAUUAUUUAUCUCUUCAACCAAAUUGUACGGAUAAUUUAGAAGAAAAACGUGAUUGUAAUCCUCAAUGUUGUCCAUCAGAUACAAAACCUACAUGGUCAGAAUGGAGUCCAUGGGGAAAUUGUAGUCGAAAUUGUGGUAGUGGCGAACGAAUACGUUAUCGAAGAUGUAUAAAUGGUACGAGUCAAUGUCAACAACAGAUAACAUGUGAUGGUUCUGAUAAACAAAUUGAACCUUGCAAUACACAAAGCUGCCAAGUUUCUGCUACUCGAUAUACAUGUACGAAUGGACAAAUAAGGAGUAAUUGUAGUAAUGCUUGUGGUCAUACAUGUAAUACAUUAACAUGUCGUUCAUGUAAUGAACCAUCUGAAUGUGUAUCUGGUUGUGUAUGUCCUGAUCCAUUAGUAAUGAAUACAGAUGGAGAAUGUGUUGAAAUAAAUCAAUGUUUAUGCCAAACAUCUGACGGUAAAACUAAUCUUGUUGAUGGUCAAACUAUGUUCGAUCAAAAUAAAUGUGAAGAUUGCUUAUGUUCUGAUGGUUGUCUCGAUUGUCGUCCAUCGUCAAAAGAUUGUUCAAUAUGUACAUGGAGUGAAUGGAGUCCAUUUGGUGUUUGUUCAGCAAAAUGUAAUGGAACACAAAGACGGUAUCGUACACGUUCAUGUGCUGGCUUAGAACCCGAAAUUGAAUAUGAAGAUCAACCAUGCUCAACGAAUGAAACAUCAUAUAAGAAAGGUUGUGUAGAAUGUUCUUGUAAUGCAACUACUGGCGAAGAAACAUGUUAUGCUCAAUGUGCUAUAACACCUGAUCUCUGUUCAAAUCUAACAAAUGAUCCACUCAGUAUAUAUGAAUAUAUACCACCAGCUGAUGGUGAAUGUUGUGGUUCAUGCAAUCGAACAAAUAAAACGGAACCAUGUUCGGUGCAAGAACUACCAUUAGAACAAAUCACCUAUGGUGAUUGUAUGUCAGUAAAUCCAAUAGCUCGACAACAAUGUUUAGGUACAUGUAUAUCAGGUAUGACAUGUCGUUGUUGUUCACCAUCGAAAAUAACAAUGGAAUCAAUUCCAAUGGAAUGUCAACGAAUAGAAGAUAAUUCAACAAUUACUUUUAUUACAGAAAUACCUUAUGCAACAAUUAAUUCAUGUGGUUGUCAAGAAUGUACUAAGAACUUUUAA